UGCAUAUAUCUACUCUUACUAUCUUCACUAACAUAAUUCAAACCAUUCUCUUCUUCUUCUUCUUAAUUCAUCCAAUCAUUUUCAUAACUCAAUCUUUUACUUCAAGUUUACACUUUUUGCUGCAAUUUACCUUAUUUCAAACAACCAUGUCUUCUUCUUCUUCCAAAAGACACCCAACAUACCACGGAAUUCGAAGCCGGGGAGGAAAAUGGGUGACUGAAAUCCGCGAGCCUCGCAAAACCAACCGCAUAUGGUUGGGCACAUUCCCCACUCCUGAGAUGGCUGCCGCAGCAUAUGACGUUGCGGCUUUAGCUCUCAAAGGUCGGGACGCAGUGCUAAACUUUCCUGACAGGGCUAGCAUGUAUCCCGUACCGGCUUCCAAUUCGUCUGAUGACAUACGCAACGCUGCUACUGCUGCAGCUGAAUUCAUGAACGCUGAAUUCAGCAAUGAUGCUGGUUAUGAAGUUAAUCCUUCCUAUCAAGCCGAUCAGUUUCUUGAUGAGGAAGCUAUAUUCUCCAUGCCAAGUUUAAUGGUAGCAAUGGCUGAGGGAAUGAUGCUUUCACCUCCCAGAAUGAAUUCACCUCCCUCUGAUUACUUACAUGACCAAUAUUACACUAUGGGACAAAGUUUGUGGAACCAUUUUUGAUCUGCCACACUCUCCCUCUCUAUAUAUAAUUUACAUAUGAUAUAUAACUACUACUUUUUUUUUUCUUUCCUGAUCCUAUUCACCAAACAAAUUAAGUACUUUAAUUACUACUAUCUAUAAUGGAAUAGGAAAAUGUAUCUAGCGCAUAGCAUGCAUCGCAGUGAUCAUGACUAGCUAGAGAGUUUGUGUGUGUUUCGAUGCUUGUGGGAUCAAUUCGUUUUGGCCUGGUUACAUUCGUAUCAGAAUUUUCUUUUAUGUUUUCAUUAUAUACAUGAGUUAUGAGUUUUUUGGUGCCAAGUUUUUCUUUUCUUUAAUAUACAUAUAUAUACUGCUACUAUUAUAUUUAAUGAUUUCAAAGAGUAAUAAUACCCGACAAAAAGUGGGUGACAAAAAGUAGAAGCUUGAGACAAAAUGUUGAAAACAUCACGACGAAUUCAAAACCAAAUGGAUAUGCAUAGGAAAGACUAUUUAUUGCGAUGCAAAAGUUAGAAAAGACAUGUUUGGUUGCUUUGCUUGGAAGAUGAAUCAUAAUAUGUACUUUUUCUAAGAGCAACAAGAUUCUAUUAACGCGAGCACAAGGGUAUUUGAUGACACUGUGGCAUUAUGUAAAGUUUGUGAGUAGUUUGGACUGAAUUGAUCAAAUAAUGAGCAAAAGUCGAGAAAAAGUAUGGAAGAAAAAACAAAAAUUAUCAAGAGGAAAAAACUAAGGACUUUGAGAAAAUUUGAAAGAAAAAAAAAAGGAAGAAAAUUAAAUGCAUUUUGCCUAUGGAAUUCUCGCGGUGCAGUGCUGACAUUGAGAGCGCGACACUUUGACACGUAGAAAUUGCAAUAAAUAAGAUUUUUUUUCUAUUUUUUGAAGGGUUUUGGAUUUGAUAGAGAAAGUCAUAGC